AUGGAAAAAGAGGUCGUGGAAAGCCUUUGGAAUGGUGAUGGAGAAUCUCAAAUUCAAGCAGCUUUAGAACUUUGUAGAUUAGGAAGUAAGCAGAGGCACAAGUUGGAAGAAAGUGGAGUCAUGGUUCCUCUUGUUUCCAUGCUUCAUUCUGAAAACUACGAAGCAACAGAAGCUGCUCUGUGUGCUUUGCUCAGCAUUUGCUUUGGCUGUGAGAGAAACAAGAUUCGGAUCAUCAAAUCUGGAGCUUUGCCAGUUCUGCUAAGUCUCCUCCAUUCCCAAAGCCAAAGAGUGACACACUUGACUUUGGCAGCUAUGCUAACCCUCUCUUCUUGCAAAGCAAAUAAGGUAGCAAUUGCUUCUGCUGGGGCUGUUCAACUCUUGGUUGAGUUUGUCAACAGCAAUUGUAGCACUCAAUCUCAGCUUGAUGCUAUAGCUACUCUACACAACCUCACAACCUGUCAAGAGAUUAUUCCACUGAUUGUCUCUUCUGGGGUUAUGCUCUCCUUGCUUGAACUGAUCCACACCUCAGUAAAAUCAUCUCCAUUGGUUGAGAAAGCAAUUGGAUUGCUAGAAAACCUUGUGUCUUCAUCAGAGAGUGCACUGUGUGAGGCUGCUAGUACUAUGGGAGCAAUCAGGAUACUUGUUGAGACUAUUGAAGAUGGAUCUUCACUGAGCAAAGAGCAUGCAGUGUGCAUACUUCUCCUUGUAUGCCAGAGCUGCAGAGAGAAAUAUAGAGGGUUGAUUUUGACAGAGGGAGUGAUGCCAGGGUUGCUUCAGUUAAGUGUAGAUGGAACAUGGAGAGCCAAAUCCGUGGCUCGAGAAUUGUUGUUGCUUCUGAGGGACUGCUCCAAUUAUAGAUCAAGAUGUAAGCAGAUUAAUCAUGAGCUUUUAGAGAGGAUUAUGGAAGAAAUUGAAGCAGAAGGAGAGAAAUUGGCAGAUACUACUUUAAGGCUGGUCGAGGAGAUGAUUGCAAAGGCAAAGCUUAAUGCUUAA